AUGUUUGGUUUAAAUGAGACUUGUAUUCCCGAAAAACCGUUUUUUGUGCAAAUUAUAACAGAUGGUAUAACAUUUCUAUCUAUUCCAGUUUAUUUUCUUGCAUUUUUCAUUAUAAUUUUCAAAUGUCCAUCAGUUUUCGAUAAAUAUCGUAUUCUUCUUCUUCGUCAUUUGAUUGCAUGUUUUUUGAUGGAAGUUCAUAUGGGAUUUUUCUGGCAAUUGUCUGUUAAUCUACCAUCAAUUGCAUUGUGUGCAAAUGGAAUCGCUUUUGAUUUUCCUAGAAUAAUGUUUUUUGUUCUCAUUAUUCUCAUUCUUAUUACAGCAUAUUCGGUUUUUGAUCUUUUCGAUUAUCGAAUGGAAGUUGUAACAACUGAAAACCAAUAUAAAAUGAAGAAGGGUUUAAAGUAUUUCAAAUAUUUAACGUAUUCAAUUUUCAUACUGACUCUUAUCAUUUCAUAUAUUUCUUUACAUUCAAUAACAAAAAAUAGAAGUUAUAAACAAAAUAUGGAAAAGGUAGGAUUCUAUCAAAAUAUUGAUAAUCAAUUUUUGUAUGUAGAUGUUCGGAUCUCUACCGGCAUACAUUUGGUGUGACAAUUGUAUAUUUGCAAUUCGUGAUUCAGUGUCUGUGAUUUCUUUUUAUAUUUCUGGUUUCGCUUCAGUCACUCUUUCUGUGAUUUAUUGUUUUGGAACCGCCUUUGUAUCCAUCUCAGGUUUGAAUUCUCUCAAAAACUCAUUAUCCGAAAAAACCUUGGCACUUCAACGAAAUUUUCUGAUUAGUUUAUUCUGCAUGAACUCUGUUCAUUUAUCAUUUGUAGCAUUUCCAACAGCAAUUUUUCUAUUCGCAUUUUUUGUGAAACUUCCAAAUGACUUUAUGCGUAAGUUCAGUUUUCGUCCCAUAAGUUUUAUAGAAACUCAGAUAAUUUCAGCUCUCAGUUAUUUAUGUGUUGCUCUUUUAACUCAACAUGGAAGUGGUUCAACAGUAACUUUGUUAACAACUAAUAACUCGCUACGAAGAGUUAUUCAUAAACUUUGUUAGUAAAACAAUCAUUUCUCUAUAUAAAAAUGAAUUUUUUACAGUUUUUGGUGGCAAAAUUUUUCGUAAGAAAAUCAACAAUACAUCUCGAAAUGUUGUUUGAAUUAUUACUGUGAGUAGUUUGAACAUAAACUUGCAUCGAAUCUCUCUAAAUCAGUUAUAUAGCGAAUAAUUAUUUUCGACUUUUGGGUUGAAUACGACACGUAUUCCAAAAAACACUGUUCGUUGAAAUACUCGUAAAUGGAAUAUCGUUUUAUAAAUUCCCAUACAUUUUCUCGCAAUAUUCAAAUGUCCCACAGUAUUUGAUAAAUACUGCAUUCUUUUUGUUGCGUCAUCUGUUUUUCUGUUUUUGAUGAAAAUUAAUUUUCAAUUAAUUCCAAAAUAGAUUUUCCAACUUACACUGGGAAGUAGUAUUGGAUUUUUAAUUAUAUUGAACGCUUAUCACUUUCGACAUGAAAAUGAAUUCGAACAAUUUCAGUUCAGGUAUGAACAAAUGUUCUGUUUUUAGGCAUUAUAAAAACAAGCAAAAUAUUAUCAACAACAUUCCUUCAAUUUCCUCUCAAAAAUAAUUAUUAUUUGCUCAUCGGUAAUAAUUGCAGGUUUUUUUUAGAGAUUAGUGAAAACAGAAAGAAUUAUAUUGCACCGGUUUUCUUCGCAACGGUAAAGCUCAUUUCAUAGAUGAAAUGUUCGGUUUGAAUGAAACGUGUACUCCUCAAAAACCACUAUUUGUAGAACUUAUAACGAAUGGAACUUCGUUUCUAUCAAUACCAGUGUAUUUGCUUGCAUUCUUUAUUGUAAUUUUCAAAUGUCCAACAGUUUUUGAUAAAUAUCGUAUUCUUGUACUUCGUCAUUUGAUAGCUUGUUUUCUUAUGGAAGUUCAUAUGUCAUUAUUCUGGCAAAUGACAGUAAUACUUCCUUUCACUUCGAUAUGUACAGAUGGAAUCGGAUAUGAUUAUCCAAGAUUAAUGUUUUUCAUUUUGUGUAUUUCAAUCAUUUUAACAGCCAAUUCAAUUCUCGACUUAUUUGAUUAUCGAAUGCAAGUUGUAAUAACUGAAAAUCAAGAUAGUUUAAAAUUUAAACUUCGAUAUUUGAAAUAUACCAGUUAUUUGUCAUUUACAAUAUGUACUAUCACAUCGUAUUUUUCAUUACCAAAUAUAACGAACGACCACAGUUAUAAAAAAUAUAUUGAGCAGGUUUUGAAGAAGAAAAAACAGUAGAUCGAAUUGGAUUUUUUGUGUUUUUAGGAACUUGGACUACUGCCAACAUUUAUCUGGUGUGAUAAUUGUGUUUUCGCAAUUCGUGAAUCAACAUCGCUUUACUGUUUUUUAGUUUCGAGUUUUUUCACGGUAUUUAUAUCAGUUUCAUACUGUCUUGGAACUGCUUAUGCAUCAGUUUCCGGUUUGAAAAGUCUUCGAAAUUCUUUAUCUGAAAAGACAUUGGCACUUCAGCGAAACUUUUUGAUUAGUUUAUUUUUCAUGAAUCUUGUUCACUUUGUAUUCAUCGCAGCUCCAUGUUCAAUAUUCUUUUUUGCAUUUUUCGUAACAAUUCCCAAUGAGUAUAUGGGUAAGUAAACAUUGUGAAUAAGACAAAUUCUCGAAAAUUCAUACAGCUUUGAGUUAUCUAUGUACUGCUUUUGUAACCCAACAUGGCAGUCUUUCAACAUUGGUUCUUCUGACAACAAAUAACUCGUUACGAUUAGUUGCUUAUGAAUUGAGUUAGUUUUAAACCUGAAUCUACAUAGAAGUUCACAUUUUUUAGUUUUUGGUCGUAAACUAUGUCGGAAACAAGUAAUUACCUCAUCUCGUCAAUUCUCAUAA